UCGUUUUUGUUUUAAUAAAGUUUUGUCCAAGUGAAGCUCGGCGACACCAAAAUACGUUGUAAUUUUUCCGACACUUUUGAAGGCAGCACAGGCUCCUCCCCCUUCGAAACUCCAAGCGGGAAGUUCAGAUGGUCCGUUUGCGAAUAAACGAAGCGACUAUUCGUUUGCAAAUUUAACGAAGAAAAGAAAACAUUUUGUUAGUAUUAAAAGUGGUGAGCAUAUAUUUACAGUAUUAACCAAAAACGAAAUUGAGACCUGACUAAUGUAAUGUUAGCGAGCAGUAUGAGGCCAGUUUGACCUGUUUGUGUACACAUCAGUUGCUAGCUUCCUUAAUGGGUCUCUUCUGGGUUCAUUCUAGCUUUAAGUACGAGGUUUUUCUUUGUCGGGGGCGUGAUAUCGAGUUUGUGUUGUUGUACGUGUUUUUGUAUGUAAUCUGAGUAUAAAAGCACAUAUUAGCAGUCAUGUCCAGUGAGGAGAGAAGCGUCCCCGCUUCCAGGUGCUUUGGACAGUAUAUCUACACAGCUGAGGAGUACCAGGCGGUGCACAAUGCCCUGCGACAGAGGCUGGGACCAGAGUACAUCAGUACCAGAAUGGCUGGAGGAGGGCAGAAAGUAUGCUAUGUUGAAGGACAUCGUGUCAUCAGCCUGGCUAAUGAGAUGUUUGGGUACAAUGGAUGGUCUCACUCCAUUUCUCAGCAGAACGUUGACUUUGUAGACCUCGUCAACGGCAAGUUUUAUGUAGGAGUCAGUGCAUUUGUCAAAGUACAGCUGAAGGAUGGGUCGUUUCAUGAGGAUGUGGGAUACGGAGUCAGUGAGGGGCUGAAGUCUAAAGCUUUGUCUCUGGAAAAGGCGAGAAAGGAGGCUGUCACCGAUGGCAUGAAAAGAGCACUAAAAUGUUUCGGUAAUGCCCUUGGAAACUGCAUUCUGGAUAAAGAAUACCUCCAUGCUAUUAAUAAGAUUCCUAAACAGCCUCCUCCUCCUCUGGACCCAGCCCAGACUAAGAGAUUUGAGGGUGAACCAUUAAUAGAAAAGGCCCGGUUCUGCAGCAUGGCGCGAAAAGAAAAUCCUGUAUCUGCAGCACAUCCUCCCAGUAAGCCUCUGGAGCCCCAAGUAUUAAACCAGAACCACUCAGAAGUACACACUCCUCGUACUGCUGAGUCCGCUCCCAGCAGAAAGAGUGAGAACGUCGGCUCCAGAUCUGUCACGGACUCUGUGGAUGUUGUCUGGUCUGAAAUGCACACGGACCCCAAACAGCUGAGAAAACUCAGACAACAGCAGCUUCAGCAGAAGUUCAGGAGAGAGAUGGAGGCCAAGAAGUGGCAGCAGAAACAAGACCAAGCCAAGUCAGAGGAGGCAGAGGUUUCUAUUGGGCGAAGAUCCACUGAAGGUCAUGACAGUGUGUCUGCACUCAGUGACAGCUCCGCAGCUGAAAACAAGAAGUCCAUCGGCAGGGACUUGCAUUUAACAGAUGAUCCUGAGCUCUGGGAUUUCACUCUAGAUGGGAUUGAAGAGUUGGAUGUCCCUGCGGGCAGUCCUACUCCCAAAGGGCUCAGGCCCAGCACACCUGGAAAUCACCAGAUGCAGACGCGCAGUAAAACCCCUCAGAGAGCUCCAGGCAGAUCCCCAGAAGUCCCAGCAAACAGCAAAGCACACAACCAUUCUCAGUACAGACCUCAACAACACACUUACCAUCAGGGAAAACCAAGUGAAGCCAUCAGUCCAUACAGACAAGGACAACACAUGAAGAAACGCAGGCUGGACGCUUGAAAUUUUAUGCUGCUUUUCUUUCAGUGUUGCUUACUUCAACUGCAAGACUUUACCAAUUUUAUUUAUGCAUUUAAGGUCAUAUUGCACUGAACUGCUGCUAUGUGUAUUUGGAGAAAUGUCUGGUUUUAGAAAAAGGUCAGUUAGCUUUAGUUUUAGAAGUUAUGAAGAAAAGGAAACUGACACAAAUAAACCCACUAAAACGUG